UAGUUUUGAAGAAGUUCAUGCAUCUCAAUAGAAAGUGUUGAUAAGGAUUGAUAAAUUAACGAGUGUGAGUAGAAAGUACACACAUAUUUUUAUGAAAUGGCCUUCCAGUCAUCAUUGACAUUCUAUCGUUGCUCCGCAACCUGUAAAGCUCUCGUCAGACUGAAUUUUUCAGAAAGAGUAUUCAAAUUUUCUACAAAAAUGUCCAAACCAAGUGUUUAUAUAACGAGGACAGUGAAUGAGGCAGCAUUGGACCUGCUUCGACAACACUGCGAGGUGACGUCAUGGGCAGGACCGGGCCCAGUCCCCAGAGAUGAACUUCUACGAAAUAUCGAAAACAAGGCCGCCCUUUUCUGCAUGUUGACGGACAAAAUAGAUUCCACGAUCCUUGACAAAGCUGGCAACACUCUGAAAGUUAUAGCAACCAUGUCGGUAGGCUACGACCACCUGGACGUCAAAGAAAUAAUUAAAAGAGGCAUCAAAAUGGCGUACACUCCCGAUACCUUGACAGAAGCAACGGCCGAGUUGGCGGUAGCCCUAUUGUUGGCUACCAGCAGAAGGCUACUGGAGGCUAAUGAAGAGGCUAGAACAGGCGGGUGGAAAGCAUGGUCACCAUUUUGGAUGUGCGGACCUGGUCUGCGUGGUUCUACGGUAGGAAUCGUAGGUUUUGGCAGGAUAGGACAAGAAAUCGCCAGAAAACUGAAAUCCUUCAAUCCAAAGAGGAUUAUCUACUACAACAGAUCAGAAAAAUCGAAGGCAGCUCGAGAAAUUGGCGCAAAUCGAGUUGACUUUGACAGCCUCCUGGCAGAGAGUGAUUUCAUCAGUGUCAGCGCAGCUCUAACUCCAGAAACGGAGAGAAUGUUUGGAGAAGAAGCCUUCAGAAAAAUGAAACCUAAUGCUGUGUUUGUCAACACAAGUAGAGGUGGACUAGUUGAUCAAGAUGCCUUGUUUAGGGCACUCGAAAACAAAACAAUUUGGGGAGCAGGUUUGGAUGUUAUGACACCUGAACCUUUACCAUUAGACCAUCCAUUGUUCAAGCUCAAGAAUUGUGUAAUCAUACCGCAUAUUGGUAGUGCUACUAUCGAAACUAGGAAUGAAAUGGGAUUAUUAUGUGCUCAGAAUAUAAUUGCAGCUCUGAAAGGGCAAAAUAUGCCUUCUGAACUAUUGCCACCGUUAUAAUAGGGAUAGUAUUGAAAACCAUGCGUUAUUGUUGAAGUUCAUCAGGCAUACACGGAUUUACAUUUUGACUGGCAUUUUGUUUUAAUAUCUUUAAGUACGGUUCUGUCCAGUUUACAGUCCUUGGCCUUGGUUAUGCGAGUUAUGCGGCAUGUGAAAUGAUAACUAUGGCAUCUACUAACUUACUUGCGUUUACAUAAUAAAUGGGCGUAGUGAAGAAUUUAGUAGAUUUUGCUUCCAAACUCAAGUUUCUAAUGCAUAGAAUCGACUUAGCACACAUUUCAUAUUCUUCAACUUUCUAGGUUAUAUAUAUAUAAUAUUAGCACAGCACACCAAACAUAAUUAAAUGAAAAGUCAACCAUGGAACAUCAUGUAAUUUUCUAUGACUUAUUACAUGUAUGUCAGUGUCAGUGGGGUAACAAGGAUAAGGCAAAAAGGGAUUAUAUUUUUAAGAAGCUCUAAAUUUGAGUGUGUUGAAAACACUGAACUAUACCCUACAGGGUAUAGUUCAGUGGUUGAAAACAGGAAAUAUGAUGAUAUAUUAUUGUGUAAUAAGAAAUCAAAAUGUUCUUGUCAAAUUCACUAUCUUUAUAUUUAUACAUAAAUACUCAGUUGGUUUUAUAAAAACCAUUAUCACAAUUAAAAAAAAUACAAGGUAUUAUAGGUACCUAAUAUACCUAAUUGUACAUAAAGCAAAAGGCAAACAUGAUAUUUUGUUGGAAUUCAACAGUGCAGGAAUAAUAAUUAGUCUUUCAGUCCUACAUUUUCUUUUUUGGGAUUACAAACAUUUCUAACGGUUUUUCAAGAUAUUUGUUAUAGUAUACAGUACAGUACAGUAUAUACAGGGUAUCUCACAGUUGAUGGUAUCUAGACGAAUACGGAAAACGGGACAUUGGUGUUUCCUGAAAAUUUGUUUACUUCAAUAAUCACAGCUGAUCUAACGCAUGAAAAUAUUUUCAGCGAUGCAGCGUUGCCGCUUAUACCAAAAAGUAGCAUCAUCUUUGACAUUUCGAAUGGGACACCCUGUAUAUUAUUUCGUUUUUAGAUUCGUUUGAAUACAUUCUGAAUCUUAUUGUCUCAUACCUAUCUAUUCCUAUAUAUCUAACAAAUUUGGAGUUAAUAAUUAUUUACCCCAUUUUUUGUUCAAAACAUAGCUUUAAUGUUUAUUACUGUCAUAUUAGGAUUCACAAAAACUUGAAAUUCUGUGUAUGUAUGUACUGUGUAUUAGAUGUUUUAUGGAGGAGUUUUGUUCUGCAUUAUACAGGCUCGCCAGAAAAUAGUGAUAUUUCACGGCUAAAUAUCUAAAUAGUGAGAAGAUGAUGCUACUUUUGAUAUAAGCGACAACACUGCUUCGCUGAAAAUAUUUUCAAACGUUAAAUCACGUGUAAUUAUUGAAUCAACAAAAUUUUUAGAAAAAUUCAAUGUCCCGUUUUCCGUAGACGUCUAAAGAAACCAUUGACCGUAAGACAUACUGUAUAUACAUAUAGUGAACUUUUCAUUAGAUUGGUUGAAUUUUUCAACAAAAUAAUGUUCAGCUAAAAAAGUCUAGUGAUCUUUAAAAAAUUAGGUUCACAGCAUAUUUACAUAAUACCCAUCAAGCGCUUCUAAAGUGGAAUAAGCUUGUUUUGAUUAAAUCAGAUCAGGUCCUAAGUGAUCACAAUUCUGAUUUGCCUAUUGGUGGAUAUUAAUUCCAAUCCUAUAUUCUUCAUACGUUGGCAAUUCACUCAUUAUGAACCUCCUAACCCAUCUAGAGGGGGAGUAGAAACUAGUUAUUGUUCAAAACCAAUGGAUUAUUCCUGGGAAUACAAACAAAUAAGAACAAAGAACCGACGUCAGAAAUAAUUUUCCAGAAGACAUAAGGAAUUUAGAAAACGGUGUUACAUAAUUUGCCUCGGAUUGAUUUGAAGCGCACCUGAUGAUAUUGUGCAGUACAAGGACCCUUUAAAAAAUGAUUUUCGAACAAUUUGGAACGCCAACAAACUUAUUAUAAAUACCGUAAAACGGGGUUAAGUGUACCAUAGUGGGUAAAAUGAAUCAGUCAGGUGAUUCAGUACAAAAAAGAGGGCGCUGUUUGCUCAAACUGUAGGAUUGAAACGUUUUCGCGACCCAGUCGCCUCCCCAGUACGUCUAAGUGAGUGAAGGAGGAUGUUUGGCCGCGCUUAAAGAAACACAAGAGUAUCAGGAACACAAAUCAGGCUCAAACAGAUUUUGCUAUUUUUACAAAAUUGUUUAAACAAUUGAUUGGGGAGGCACUAACUCUAUAAUUUUAUUUACUUACAUGCUAAAUGUGAUUAAUAGUUAAUUACUCAACGUACAUUUUUUGAUAAAAUUUGUGUCCGAAUGUUGUUAGUUGAAUUUCAUCUUUUCUUUGAAGUGGUCACUAUAAUGGGUAAAAUGAAUCAUUCUAACUUCUAUGAAAGUAUGGGGUUUAUAUUUUGUGAUUGGAUAUUUUUUGUUAUAUCUUGCUAUAACUAAGAAUUAGUCAUCAUUUUCUUAUGAUUUUUAUUCUUAACAUGCCGAGAAUCUAUUAUAUUAUAAAAAUGCAAUCACAAAAUAAUAAUAAUAAUAAUAAUAAAAAUAUUUUCUUAUUCACUUUACUCUUUUCAAAAUUAUUUUCGACUGAGCCAGUCGAAAAGGGUGCCAGAACCUACAUUAUUUUUUGUACAUUUUUUGUCCCAAUACUUUUUCGAAAAAACGCCGUAGUGUACGCGCCAGAAUGGGACCUUCUAUGGCUCUGGGCAUCUGCUAGAUGUCCCAGAUGAGCGCCUGAUGGACCCAUUCAAUCUCAAGUGUCUCUCUUUCCCGAGAUUUACAACACUCUCGGGGACAUUAUCAACAUCAGGUCCUCCAAAUGUCAAAAUGUCAUCGAAAAUAUUUUUUCACGAAGAUUGGUUCUCGAAAACAAAAAUCGAAUAGCCAGUAUAAUACCAAAAGAUUGGCCCAGUAUAAUGCAUUGCUAUCUGUAGAAAUAACCAAAAAUGCAAAGUUUGACUGAUCAUGGGAAUGAUAAAAGCAUAAAGAGUCAGAUUCUCCAUUAAGACCGACUGAGAAGACAGCAUUGGAAACAAUAUUGAAGGCAAUGUUACACCUGCCUAAUUUUUAGACUGAUGACGUGACAAUAGGAUUCGAGUUUUCUUUGUUGGAAGAUGAUCACACUGUCACCUUUCAUUUAUUUGCCGUAUUCAUAUUUUCGUUUCACCAAUGUGAAUAUGCCUUCAGAGGCGGUGCCACUAACUAUCUUCUUAUUAGGAAUUUAGCAUAGACCCCAGAGUAACUAGUUCAAAAGAUCUAUUUUGCUUAUUUCUUCUGCAAAAAAGACAUUACAGAAUAUCUUUGGCAAUGGUUCCACAGAGUUAUCCCCACCAUGUAUCCGUGUUUGGCAUUGGAAGAUUGUUGGCAUAUUAUUUUUUAAUGAAUUAAGAUUUAAUCGCGGUGUCUAUCUAUUGUUAUUAACUGUGAGCACUGACCCGCAAAUGUACGAGUGUCUGAAAUUAUCCCCACCAUUCGUGAUUCCAUUCAUUCAUUCCAUUGGUGGCCAGGUAGCCGUGCGGACAGAGUGUCUAUAUUCUAAUUCGCAUUCGCUUGCCGGUCGUGGGUUCGAUCCCCGUCGACUGCAGAAAUUUUUCUGAUGGCCCAAGAAAGUGUUUGGGAUCACACGUUAAAAGGUAAGGCCCCCGUCAUUCCUUGCUCGCACAAGACUUUCGAAGACUUUUGAGGGUUGCUCGUAAGGGGGCAACCGAAUGACGGAUAGAACAAACAACAAAACAAAUUCAUCCGUUAUUGGCAUUUCUUAGGAUUCACGGCGUAUUCUUUUCAAUGAUUUAUGGAAGAUUCGAGGUGGCUAUCUAAUGUUAUUUAGUCUGAUGUAUAAACACUCAAAUAAUCCACGCACUUUACAAAUAUUCUAUCUACUACAUCGUAUCCUACACGCGCAAAAUCUCCAACGCCUUGUUGUAGCAGAUGGCGAUCCAGUCGGGCUGCGUGGCGCCCCACUGGAUCUGAUUGACCUCCCCUUCUGCAGCCGUAUACGCCAGGAUGGGAUCUUCUAUGGCUCUGGGCAUCUGCUGGAUGUCCCAGAUGAGCGCCUGAUGGUCGUCGCCUGCGGUGCAGAUGUGGCAGCUGGAGUGGGGCGCCCACGCGAUGCCGUUCACGCAUGCGCGGUGGUUGUUGAGGCGGGCGACGGGAGUGCACGGCACGCGGACGUCCAGGAUGAUCACCUGCGUGGUCAGAGACAUACCGCCGAUUAUCGCCUAUCUCGUUUUACACGAAUUUAGCUGGUUCACGGGAGGGGAUAGAAGCUAGAGUGCACGUAUUCAAAACGCCCCGAUAACAGGCAUAGGCAAGCUUUUAGACCAAUUACAACGUUGAGUUUCACGCGUGCGUGUUUCGGCUCAAGUUUUUCAAUUCAGAAUAAAUAUCUCGGUCAUCAGUUUAAAAUGAUUUGAAUUUUGAAUUAUUCAGAUUAUUCUGGACAUUGGAGCCAUCAUAAACUACUCUCGGAGUUCUGGACCACAAGUGCUGGCAGAUUUUUAUUACGACACGAGCAUUGAUUUCGAAGUUUCAACUUGCACAUGUAACCAAGGAAGAACAGGUUGUAUGUGUAAACAUAUUAGUUGGGUUUGUUGUUUUGUGAACUCUGAUAACUUCAUCAGGAAGAUUAAUAAUGAGAGAACAAGAAACAUGUAUUUCUGUACUGCCACAGGCAAUGUGCCAUGAUAGUAGCACUAGUGGGCCAUCAUCAUCUUGUGGUUGCAAUGAAGAAAUAAUAUUAUCCACAAAAAUAUAUUCCGAAAAUAAUGAGCCAUUUUUUGAUGAACCAUCUCCUGAUGUGAGAGUGGAAGAAAUAUUAAAUGAGGAACACUAUAUUUCAGAUGGUUUUGAAUGUAUUAAUGUGGUGAAUGAAAUAUUUUCUCAAUAUCUGAAACGUUAACCAAUAGAAAUUUCAAAAGCUUUGACUGUUUUUGUUGUAAAGUUGAGAGACAUCAAAACUGUAUCUGGAUUUGCAAGUGCAUGUCACAUCGGCUUCUAUUCAGGUAGUUUUUUUGUGAGAUAUUGUACUCCCCCUUUUUUAUUUAUUAUUCACUUGAAUUUAUAAUCACUAUAUUUAUUAGGAAUCAUAAAUCGAAGAAAUAAAAUAUUGAGGUCUAGAUUUCCUAUCCAACCAACUUCACUAUCAAGGCGUAAAACCUGCCAUUCAGGUAGAAAUAGUUGUGUUGGUCCACCCCUCGGUAACCUCAUGGACAUGUAAAAAUGUAGGUAUUUCGAAUAGAUGAAAAAAUUACUGUAUGUCUUUAUAGCAAGAAACUUCGCAACAGCUCUGAGGAAUUGCGAAUUUUAAAUUACACUCUGCUGUUUGGCAAAUAUAUUUUCGAUAACACUGCCACUCAGUAAUGUGCUCCAAACAAAAAACUUAGACAAAAAACGAGCUAACGAUGUUGUUAGUAUCACUCUUCUGACUCUUCCAAAUCAAAGGGAUGAUAUUCUAAAUACUAUCUGAGUAUUUUGAAUGAAGCGAAAUAGAAAUUAAAAGAACUGAAUGUUGAAUUUUCGAUGCCGAGAAUAACAGGCAGAAUGGUUCAUAGACCAAAUCCUAUGGUUUCCUCAGUGGAUGACCAUUACCGAAUAACUGUUUUCAUUCCACUGCUUGAUAGGAUUAUCCUUGAUCUGAAAGAUAGACUAUCAGAGAAUAAGUUGAAUCUAUACAACCUUCAUACGGUAUUAGAGGUAAAACUUAUGAUCUUCUGAAAAGUUAUUUGGCAGAUCGACAACAACGAGUAUGCCUCCAUGAAAAUAUCAGCAAUCCGAGGACUGUCACAUUUGGCGUUCCCCAAGGCACUGUGUUGGGCCCACUAUUAUUCACAUUAUAUAUAAAUAGCCUCUUACAUAUCGAUUCCCGAGGGACAAUUCUCAGCUUUGCUGAUGAUACGGUGUUAUUCUAUACUGCUGAUACAUGAAAAAAUUUGAAAAUCAAAGCAGAAACUGAUUUCCAAGUCAUCAAGAAGUGGUUCCAAUGCAACAAACUUACUCUGAAUUUGAAUAAAACUCAUUUCCUCCCAUUUACGUCCUAUCUUAAUUAUCUGCCACAAUUAGGAAAUUUGAAUAUCGAUGAAGUUACGACAACACCUGAAGAUGAGUCUGUUAAGUAUCUGGGUGUCAUAAUAGACAAACAUUUACGUUGGGAUUUACACGUUAAAUUCAUAACGAAAAAAAUUAGAGGCCUCAUUGGUAGAUUUAGAUAUCUGUCGCAAUUUUUAGAUAUUCAUCACCUAAAAACAGUAUACUAUGCACUCAUCCAGUCUCACUUGUCUUAUGGUAUUAUGGGUUGGGAAGGAGUUCUUGACCGUCAUCUAGAAAGACUGAAUAUUGUACAAAAAUGGGUUUUGAGAAUUAUUUACAAAAACAAACUCACUUUUUCCAGUAAUGAACUUUUUCUCAGUAGUCAAAUCCUAGAUUUAAGACAAUUAUACUGUCAGAAAUU